GAGACAGAGAUCAGCACAGAUAUAUUUCAAUAUUGAAACUGCUUUAUUUGAAAAUUUUAAUAAAGAUCUGCAAACAUAUUCGAAAACGAAAUAUUCCUAAUUGUAACUGAAAUAUUUAAUUUAUACAAUAAAAAUCAGCUGAUAAAGAGCUAAUGUGGCAAUUAUAAAUUUUUGCAAUACAUUUUAAUUUUUUGUACCUACUAUUGACGAAAUUGGCGGAGCUGACAUGGCAAGUGACGUUUCAAAGUAAUCAGUUUGACAGUCGGCAAUAAACCAAUUUCUGCAUUACAAAUACUCCCAGUUUAAAUAAUGAAAAUUGUUAUUUGUAUUUAUAUUACAAAAAAAAUUUAAAAACUUGAUCUGAAUUAUGAAAUUAAUAAGCAUUUUCGUUCCGUUGCUUUCGCUAAUAUCGGUUGGCCUAUCCUUGCCCGAGCCAGGCAAAUGGGAUUUCACAGUGACACCAGAUACCAGCUUUAAUUAUGUAGUUAAAAGCGUGUAUAAAGGAGCUAAAGUCUAUGUACAAAUUAAUUGCCACUCAGACGUUGCAGAUUCUGUGAUAGAAGUGAGAUUAGGUAUUCUUCAGUCAGAAUGUUGGGACUACGAAGAUACAUUAGGCAAGCUUAAAUAUGUGCUUAACUCUUACAAAGUAACCAACUCAUCGAAAGAAUAUUUACUAAUGAAAUCAUAUUCCUGUAAUGAUCAUAUCAUACUAAAAGAAGGGCAAUUACAAGACAAGACAACCGAUGGAAGUCCUCGUCCUCUUCACGAAUUGAGUCGUGAUGGAGCUUACUUGUUAGGCUGCUUUAUUAAAUCAGAAAAUGUAAAAGAUACCAUUGGACUGCACAUCGAGAUCAAGAGUGACUAUGGUUAUUUAUCCGCUGCGGAAUGGCCAUUAUUAACCUUUUAUGGAUUCAUGUGCAUAUACUACAUAAUACUGGGGUUAAUUUGGUUACUUCUCUCCUUUUUGCAAUGGCGGGAUUUAUUGAGAGUGCAGUUUUGGAUUGGAGGUGUUAUUUUAUUGGGGAUGUUGGAAAAGGCAACAUUUUAUGCAGAAUAUCAGAGCAUAAAUGAUACAGGAAUAGAAGUACAAGGGGCCAUGUUGUUUGCCGAAUGGGUAUCUUGUGCCAAGCGAACGUUAGCUAGAAUGUUGGUUAUAAUCGUGAGUCUUGGAUUUGGAAUAGUAAAACCCAGAUUGGGUUCAACGUUACAUAGAGUUGUCGCAUUUGGUAUUCUAUAUUUUUUCCUGGCAGCAUCAGAAGCAUACUUAAGAAACAACAGAACCACUCCCUACUCCAAGGAUGUACUGGUAGCAUCUGUACCUUUAGCAGUAUUAGAUUCUGCCAUUUGUUGGUGGAUAUUUUCAGCCUUAGUAAAUACCACACGAACCUUAAGACUGCGAAGGAAUGAGGCAAAGCUGGCCUUGUACAGGCAUUUUACAAAUGCGCUCAUAUUUGCUGUAUUAGCUUCUUUGAUUUUCAUGGUUUACUGCCUUAAAGUACAUCAUUAUGUAGAAUGCUUAACUGUAUGGAAAGACAUGUGGCUAGAAGACGCCUUUUGGCAUCUGCUGUUUUCGGUCAUUUUAUUAAUAAUAAUAAUACUUUGGCGACCAACUAAUAACAACCAAAGAUAUGCUUUUGUUCCUCUUCUGGACACAGGCGAUGAUAAUGAAGAAGAGGAACAUCUAGUAAAUGAUGCUUAUGGUGUUAAAGUAAGAAUUCAUCAACAGAAACAUAUAUCGCCUAGAAAUUCGGUAGAUGAUGAUCUGAAAUGGUUGGAGGAAAAUGUCAAAAGCGACCCAGCUUUACCAAUAUUGGAUUCUGAUGAAGAAUUGGUUUGCACAAGGUUUGAAGUUUCCAAAAUGCAGUAGCGCGAUGAUUAUAUUUGUUUGUUUCAAUAAAUUCGGGUUUCUUCCCUCUUGUAAACCCAAGAGAAGUUAAAGUGGCUGAUGCGUACAGUACUUUGAAACGUUUCCGAAAUGUCAUGGUCAGCAUAAGAUUACAACGCAAGUGAUUAUUUUACUUAAGUUGCCUAAUAAAUCUUACAAUUAGUAUAAAAGUAAAGUUCAUAGGUAUAAUCCGAAGCGGUUUGGUUCCCAUAAUUAUGACCAUUUAGUAUUAUUUUAUUAGGAUGUAUAUUUGUAAAAAGUAGCAUAUGUAAUUGGAUUUGAAGCCCUAAUAUCCCCCUUACUGGUUGGCGUUCUGUAUAAUUUUAACGAAAUAUACUUUUCCAUGGUGGAUACAAGUUCAAAUUAAUAUACCGUAAGUAGUUAUCUGUCUAGAUUUACUAUGUAUUAAUUUUUAAUAUUAAUUAUGAAAAAUACAUUUCACUAAAAUUAUACGGAUUUGUUGCAAAAAGUAAUUAUGCUAUAAAAAAAGCACUAGCCUCAAAUUAGAACAUACUUAUCUUAUACCAGUAUAUUGUUACCUUAAAAUACAUAAACAUCUUAGUUUUAUGACGAUUGAAACCAUUCAAAUAAUUGACUGUAUAUCUGUUAUAAAUUAAAUAGAAUAUUAUAAUUAUAUUAAUAAAACAGAAAAUCGAUCGAAAAUGGGAAUGUAAAAUUAAUGUAUCCAUUAAUAUAUUUACUACAAUUUUAACAUGCAAAUUGAUGAUUGAUCAGCAGUGCGUUUAUGUUGUGAAUUCUUAUGACAUUGUUUCAUAAUUCUUAAGUAGGUACGUUAAAAUGAGAAAAAAUAGUCAGUUACUUAUAGGCAUUGAAAAAAGCACAAUAUUUCCAAAUAUUCGUUUUCGACACGUCGUAACUCAGGCUAAUUCCAAUGGAAAUAAUUAAAGUCGUUAAAGCUGUAAUAUAGAAGAAUAAUAAAACUCAGAAGAAGACUAUUCUGCACUGAAUGAAUAAAGAAAACAAAGGAUAGCAAUUUCAUAAUGUCGGGAAAUUUUAAAAUUAAAUAAUAAAAAUUACAAUUCAAAAGUUUUUCAUAUAAAAGAAGAAAACGAUUCCAGAAUGAAAAGUUACUGUACAUAAUGUAAUUUUAUGACCUUAGAGAUCGCAUCGCUUUUCUAUAUUUAAAUUAAUUACUAUGUGUUUGUAUAUUUGAUGUAUUUUAGUUUGUAAAUUUGAUUUAAUUUGUUAAUCUGCCGCCCUAAAUUAUACCUGUGAUGCCAUUUCUUUAUAAUCAACUAGUUUAGCUGUCGGAUAAGCAUGGUCUAAGUAAUAAAUAUUAUCAUAGUUUUCAACAAAUGUUCUCUAUAGAGGCAUUUUAAGUUGUGUGCCCAAUUCGAUAACUUAUUAUUGUAGAUUAAUAACAGAUUAGUUUCGUGCGUAUUAAAUUAUUUAGUUACUGUGUAUAUAUGGCUUUAUUAAUACAACUUUUAGAUGUUU